GGCAGUGUGUCGCGUGUCUGUAAAUGCGGGUGACGUCAUAUGUUGUGGUCAGUAUACACAUGGCGAGUGCAGACGCUGAAGACUUCAUUGGGCAGAACCGUCAGCUGUCGGACCUCGUCGAGACGUUUCGCAGUAUCUCUGAGAGCCAGAAACACUGGAAGAGCAGGAGAGAGUUUAUCUUCAGAAACUUCAAUGACUAUGAAGAUUCUCAUCUAGAUCAUCUGCUCGCGCUCUCCAUGAUGUGGGUGAAUCACGUGUUCCUGGGCUGCAGGUAUAAUCCAGUGCUGCUGGAGAAAGUGAAGGAGAUGGUCGAGGGGAUUAUUGUUGAAGAUGCUCCUAUUUUUAAAACCAGAAAUGAAAUCAUAAAACAACAGCAGAAGCUCUCAUCUUAA